GGAUGGCAUAACCUUAGAAACAAACACCACAGUAGGAGAGGAUUGUAGGUGCCGCGAAGGGAACAUCUCUCUCUUUUGUUUUAGCUUUGUCUGUUUCCCUCGCUCUGUACUCAUUCGCCACCGCUACCCCUUAACACUUUGAUUUCUUGAGGUUAUUAAGAUAUUCAACCAAGGCCUAAAUGGGUUACGCACAGCUAGUUAUUGGCCCUGCAGGCAGUGGCAAGUCUACAUACUGCUCUAGUUUGUUUCAACACUGUGAAACGAUGAGGCGAACAAUCCAUAUCGUGAACUUAGAUCCUGCUGCCGAAAAUUUUAAUUAUCCCGUAGCCAUGGAUAUCAGGGAACUCAUUUCUUUGGAUGAUGUUAUGGAAGAGCUUGGAUUGGGUCCAAACGGUGGCCUUAUGUAUUGCAUGGAGCACCUUGAAGAAAAUCUGGAUGAUUGGCUUACAGAGGAAUUGGAUAACUACUUGGAUGAUGAUUACUUGGUUUUUGACUGCCCAGGCCAGAUAGAGCUUUUUUCGCAUGUUCCCGUACUUAAAAACUUCGUGGAGCAUUUGAAGCGUAAGAACUUCAAUGUUUGUGUUGUUUACUUGCUUGAUUCACAGGUUUUUCAUGACUCUGACGUCACCAAGUUUAUAAGUGGUUGCAUGGCUUCACUUUCUGCAAUGGUUCAACUUGAACUACCCCAUGUUAACAUUCUCUCCAAAGUGGAUCUUGUGACGAACAAAAGAGAAAUUGAAGAUUACUUGAAUCCAGAACCUCGUGUUUUGCUCUCAGAGUUGAAUCAACGCAUGGCUCCUCAAUUUGGAAAGCUUAACAAAGCUUUGAUUGAAUUAGUGGAUCAGUAUAGCAUGGUAAGCUUCGUGCCCUUGGACUUAAGGAAAGAGAGCAGUGUACGAUACGUCUUAUCUCAAAUUGAUAAUUGCAUUCAGUACGGAGAAGAUGCAGAUGUCAAGGUUAAGGAUUUUGGUCCAGAGGAUGAUUAGCAGGCUCAAACCCGCGUUUGAGGCCAUCUCAUGAGGUUAUGAUGUAAGGGCGUGGAACAUGUGUGGAUCUUCUGGCAAAAUGGCUUAGACCUGAUGUAAACUAAUUCGGAAGAAUCCAUUUUGGACAUUUAGAGGGUUGUUUCUUUAUUGUAAACAUGAAUCGCAAGACUUAAGUUGUAUUUGCCCCUUCACAUUCCCCUCGUUUUGCACUAGAGCAUGUGAAUACGCUUAUACGUUCUGCGAUCCAGUUUUAGUUACAUCUUAGUGUCCAUAAUAGUAAUAGUAGGUGGUUAAGAAAGCACCUUUGGGUUUGUAUUUCUCGACACACCAUAAUAAUAUGAAUUCAAAUUGAUUUCACCAGCUCAACUUCCCU